AUGAGCAACGUCAAUCAGAACCCGGAAAGGCUGCUGGCAAUCCCUGUGAAGAAAACUGAUCCGGUGGAUCUGUACCGGCCGUUACGCAAGUUCGUUGCCACAAAAUAUUCAGAGAGCGAUGCACAGAAAGUGGAAAGCGUUCUCGAAACCCUAAACAACUGCCGCAGGGACAUGGUGGAGCGAGGGGACCUCUCCCUUCCCAUGCAACGUGACUGCCUCAUCCACUACUUCAAAUGUCUCUGCAUGGUUGAACCACUCUUCACCGCUAUCUCCUCCGAUGCCGACGCCGACCCGAUCACCUUUGUCUGGUACGACGCUUUCUUCUCUGAGCAUGAGAAUGGAGUCUCCUCCCAGCGCAACAGCAUCCAAUUGGAGAAGGCUGCUGUUAUCUUCAACCUUGGCGCCAUCUGCAGCCAGAUUGGGGCCUCUUGCGACCGCACCACCUCCCUUGGCCGUCACCUUGCAAUGGACGCAUUCAAUGCCGCCGCCAACUUCUUCUACAAACUCUGGACGGUUUUUGCCAAGGACGUCUCCGCCACUCUCGACUUGAGUCUACUGUUCGCCAAGACUCUGCACCGCCUCUGCUCCGCUCAGGCUUCGGAGCUCAACUUACAGCAAGGACUCCACCACAACAACACAAAUGACGACGCCAGUUCCGUUUCGUUUAAAUCGGUUUCUCAGAAUUAUCAAAUGCUAACUGUUAUGAUACUACGUAACUUGCCUGCAACGGAACAUAUCCUCUCAUUUGACCGAACAUGGAUAACUCAUCUUUCCCAGAAGUUGACAUUCUUUCAGGUGGAGGCUCGUCAGAGGAAAUCAUCCAUCCUACCCAAAUCCAACCAACCUGUAGUAAUAUCAUUGGUGUCUCCUCUUGAUGAUGAUGCAGAGACUGUCACUGAAAAAUUAGUUACAGCGGCCUGCACUACAACUGCGGUGACCCGUGGACACGAGAACUAG